UGAAGCUCUGCAACCAUCAGUGAAAGACAAAGACAGAGUUUAUUGAAGGACAGUGAGAAGAUGAGUGAUCCAGAACCCUGCAGAAUUAAACAGGAAGAGACUGAAGAACUAAUAGACCUGAGUAAAGACGUGAAGGUCCACCCUAAUGUUCAUACCAAGAUGAAGCAGUUUUUAUGCUCUUUUUGUGGAAAGGGUUACAAUCGUCAAGACAAAUUAAGAAAACAUCAGAGCACUCACACUGGAGAGAAACCGUACAAGUGUUCACACUGCGACAAGCGAUUCAGUCAGCCAGAAUAUCUGAAAAAACAUGAGAUGACGCACACGGGAGAGAAACCGUACAGGUGUUCACACUGCGACAAGAGCUUCAGCUUGUUAAAAACACUGAAAACACAUGAGAGGACUCACACUGGAGAGAAACCGUUCACAUGUACUGAGUGUGGGACGAGUUUCUCACAAUUAGCACACCUUAAUCAACACAUGAGGAUCCACACUGGAGAGAAACCACACGAAUGUGAUCAAUGCGGCAAGACAUUUUCAAGGCUUCCAGAUCUGAAGAAGCAUCUUCGAGUUCAUACGAAGGAGAAACCGUAUUCAUGUUCUGAGUGUGGAAAGAGUUUUACGUGGCAAACAAGCUUAAAAUUACAUGAGAAGAUCCACACUGGGGUGAGAGAGUGUGUGUGUUUUGAGUGUGAGAAGAGUUUUAUUACAGCUGGAGACUUGAAACGACACCAGAGGAUUCACACUGGAGAGAAACCGUAUGUGUGUUCACACUGCAACCAGACUUUUAGACAUUCAGGAAAUCUGAAAUCACAUGAGAUGAUUCACACUGGAGAGUUUCACACAGUUAUCAUACCUUAAUAAGCAUGUCAAAUCUAAGAUUUGUGUAUGUUAGUAAAUUCCGAUUAUUUAUAAGUGAGGUAAGUGUGUACACUCAUUCACAAUAAGUGUAAUCGCUCCAUAAAAUGACAGCCUCAAUCACAGAUCCAUGUGUCCUAAAUGCAAAAAACAAAACUAGUCA